AUGUCAUUGAAAUGGCGUUGGUCUACGCGUCGAGCUGACGCCCCAGAUUCAGGAACAGUCUCAGGCCCAUUCGAUCAAAGGCUAGCGUUCAAGAAUAGAACAGCUUCCAAUAGCAAUCGGGGACGUGGGUACGUUGCACAGCACACUAAGCCAGGAUGGGAUGCUUUUCAAGACCUGACGGGGGCCAGGCCUCGCAGGCGUCUGCUCCGCUUCGCCGGCUGCCUGAUUGGUCUCGACUUGGGCCUUCGCUGGUCUGGAGGUCGAAUCAUGAAGAUCUCUGUGGUCUGUUAUAUACGAGACCAUUCCAGUAUUUGGCCAACUCCUUGCGCGGUGACCUUGUUGAGAAGUGGAUGGAGACGAAUUUCGGCGGAAUCUAUAAUGAUUGUGUUUUCUGGUUCCUCGAAAAGAGUUGAGACGGUAUCGCAUCCUGCUGAGACUGGACCCUCGAUUUUCCGAUUUGGUAGCGAUGAGAAUUUUUAUGCCUGGCUAGGAUCAUUCGAAUCGACCUGUGAGGCAAUGUCAGUAUCAGAGCCAGUUUGUAAAUGGGAUCUACAUACUUGUUCUCUGGUCCAGAAGAGGCAGCUGAAACGUAGAGGUAAUCCAGCAGAAAGGUGGGAUCGCAUAGUUGUGAGGAAUUGCUGUUUUGAUCGUUUAUCGGGAGCGAAGCUGCAGACAGUUGAUCAAAAAUGUCCAGAGCGGGCGUGUCUGGAUGAGCUGGCCAAGUUGUAUAGACGGUCAAUAGGUGUUGAGUUUGGUGGUCUAACAUCGAUUGGUAGCGAGCGUGGGCGAAAUGGACCACAUUGGUUCGUGACAUCGAGGGCCUCCGCAAAACUUUGUAGAAUGGGCGAUAUAGGAAUCAAAUCAGACUGGAUGCAUUGCGAGUUGAUGGUCGCUCUGGAUGGGGAUCAUGAGGUCAUGAUUAGGGAAGAUGAGGGGCGGGCACGGCGAAUGCGACGGUGCUUCGUUAUAAUCUCGCCAAAUCGCUGUACGGUGCGCAAAGCUUUUGGGAUUUUACACAAUUAUGGGAAUACAGCUUUCACUCCUCCGUUGUCUGGGGAAUUACAGACAAUCGAAUCGGGCUAA